GUGAAAAUCACAACCGAACAUGGACACCGGUUUGCACAAAGAGAUAAAAAAAAUAAACAAAAAAUAAGAAAGGCAGGCAUGUGCAAAUCUGAAUGAGAACCAUACCACUUAAAAAUGGCUGACAAAGAGAUGAAAAGUUUCCAGUUCAGCUGUGAUAUAAACCUGGAUGAUAUAGUCGACUCCGCUAUUGCUGACCUGUGUGAUACCUCAGAAUGUGUCGAGGCACAGAAUUGGGAGACAGAGCUACAGAAGAUUCAAACUCAAGUAAAAACUGCAGAAAGAAAGCAGAAAGAAAUUAACAGAUUGUUUUCGGACUGUAUGUCACAGUUAGUGAGUUUCCGAGAUGCACUUGAAGAAGAGGAAAAGGAGGAUAUGAUAAAGCACGAAGCUGCAAAACUUGCUGCAGAUAAUGCUUUAAAACAACCACAUGAGAUCACUAUAGACGACACUGACGAUGAAGAUGAUGAUGAUGUACAGUUCAUACAGAAGACGUACGAUCCUCAAGUGGCAAUAAAACGUCAGGGAGAGGUCACACGAGUAUUUGCAGUGACUAAAAAAGAUCCAAAUGCAGGUUCCUCAGUAACAACAAGCCAGACAAGAGCUAAUCUGUCCACUGCUUUAUCAAAUGCGGGGAACCAACCACAGUCACAAUUACAGAAAGUGCGAGAGAAUUUUACGCGAUCGCUCCGUACCAUGAACAUUCCUGCAGUUUCUCAGUCAUCAUUAUCAUCAUCAUCCCAGUCAUCAUCAUCAGCUUUGCUGUCUAAUUUAGCGUACAGUAUGCAGCAAAACCAGCAGAUGACUAGCAGUCAUAUGGCGACAUUGAACCUUCUGCACCAGAAGAAGCAGACGCCAGGAUCGUACCAGUUGACCUCACAGCAGAACCAGGAGCGUAUGGAGAAACUUUUCCAAGAGGAUGUCAAUAAAAUAAAGCCAGGUAUGAUUGUGUUGAGUCGUCGUGCUGGUGACAUGUGGGAGAAGGGUACAAUUUCAGAGAUUUUUAGCAUCAACAGGCCUGUUGAUGAGAGAAAGUACAGAGUUAAGUUUGAUCAAAGGAAAGUAUCCAAGAUUGUCACCCCCAAGCAGGUGGCUUUUGUAGACAGUAUUAACAAACCGGUUACCGUGGGAACAAGAAUUAUAGCCCUGUAUAAAGAUGAGGACUCGGAUGAAGCUUUCUAUGCUGGUAUUGUUGCUGAAGCACCUAAUGGUAGAAAUGAACUCAGAUAUCUCGUAUUCUUUGAUGAUGGGUAUGCACAGUACUGCAGCUCAAGAGAAAUACACAAAGUAUUCUACCAAAGUAAGAAUGUGUGGGAUGAUAUCCAUCCAGACUCUCAAGAUUUUGUCAAAGAUUACCUUGCUCAGUAUCCAGAGAGACCCAUGGUACGUCUUCACAAGGGACAGACUGUGAAGACAGAAUGGAAGGGGAAAUGGUGGACAGCAAAGGUGGAUGAAGUAGAUGCUAGUCUCGUUCUAAUGUUCUUUCCAUAUGAUAAACGUAGUGAAUGGAUCUACAGGGGAUCGACAAGAUUAGAACCUCUUUAUACUGCCCUAGCAAAUGCAGAAGCCAACAGAAAUGCCGGUAAGAUGAAAAGACAUAAUUUGACAAUGGCCGGAGCCAAGAAACCUGUAGUGGAAUAUACAAGAAAUAACAGUUCAGAUAAUACCUCACCGGCAAAAGCAGAUAAGAAGAAAUCUGUAGCCAAAAAGAGUACAACACAAGGGUCUACACUUAACACAGGUCAGAUCUGGGAGGCUCCAUGGCUUAAAAUAAAGAAAGGAAGUGAAGACAAGAAACCUUCUCUCAAAGUCCAACCCCCAGAUAAGUUUACAACAUCUACUAUCAGCAGUAGUGGUAGUAACACUAGUAAAAGCAGUAAAGACAUGGCCACAGUGUUACAGGAACGACUGUCUACAUCAGAAGAUGCUGGAACUGUUGAUUUAGAGUCUCUGGGUACAAGGCUGGACCACAUUAUACCUGACAAAGAUAGAAUGCGCAAAAAGAUGGUGAAACAUAAAUGCAGCAGAAAAUGUUUGAACGAUGUAAAUGAUGAUGGGGAGAAAUUAAAGGGCAAUAAUCCACUACUUAUACCACUGUUUUUUGGAUGGGAAAGACAUGUAGCAAAGACCAAGCCUUAUGGAAGACGUGUAGUGUUUUAUCGUGCACCUUGCGGCCGACGUCUGCGGAAUCUUGAGGAAGUGGACGCAUUUCUCAAUCUAACAAACAGUGGUCUGUCCAUCGACAGCUUCUGUUGUGAUUCAGAACUUCAUGUUCAUCAUGAAUUUAUCCCAGUAAAGACUUUCUGUGACAUCAAAGAUAUAUCAUACGGCAAAGAGAAUGUGGUUAUAUCUUGUGUCAAUGGAAUAGAUCGUCAAUACCCUGAUUACGUAGACUAUUCAAACCAGCGUAUUCCUGCCUCGGGCGUCAAAUUGAACCUUGACCCCAAUUUCCUAGAAUGUUGCGACUGUGAGGACAAUUGUAGGGACCGUAAGAAGUGUCGGUGUCAGCAACUCACAGUGGAGACAUCAGCUGUCAUUAAUGGCGGGAAACCAAUUCCUGAUGCUGGGUACCAUCAUAGACGUCUUCCAGAACCUCUCCUGUCCGGGGUGUAUGAGUGCAAUUCAAGAUGUAAAUGUGACAAGAGAUGUCGUAAUAGAGUUGUUCAGAAUGGUCUUUCUAACAGACUUCAAGUGUUCAAGACCGAGAAAAGAGGUUGGGGUUUACGUUGCCUUGACGACAUUCCAAAGGGAGGCUUUAUCUGUAUCUACGCUGGCCAGUUGUUAACUGAUCAAGGUGCUAAUGAGGAUGGACAACAAUAUGGAGACGAAUAUCUGGCUGAAUUAGACUACAUAGAGGUUGUAGAGAGACAGAAGGAAGGCUAUGAAAGUGAUGUAGAAGAUAUAGAUGAAGGUAUAGGAGGAGUUGAUGAGGACUUUGAAAGUGAAGAAAGUGAAGAUGCUGGACAUGAAUCUGAUUCUGACGAGUCAUUUUCUGAUAAAAUAGUUCAUGGCCGUGAAGAGGAAACAGUGGCAGAAAAAUCACAUCAUACGAGACGGAAAAGUCGGCAAGAAUCAGAGAAGCAGAAUAAAGAUGAUAAAGGAACAAAAGCUAGCGGUUCUAAGUCACAGAGAUCAAGUAGAGAUACGUCAGUUGAAAAGGUCAUGAAGAAAAAACAGACAGCUCAGAAAAGUACAUCAGGUAGUUCGUUGAAGUCACCAGAGUCUACUGAUGUUGACUUGCCAGAUCUUGAUGAAACUGAGCAUCCAGUGAUAGAAAGUACAACAGAGAAGAAGAGAAGAACUGGAAGGUCUACGGCAGCCAGGUAUGGCCAGAUUAACCCUUCAAAGAAGGAUGGUAAAGAAAUUUCAGAAGACAAUGAUGACAGUUUUCAUGGACCAUCAACACGUGAUUUCUACCAAGACGAUCAGUCCUGCUACAUUAUGGAUGCCAAAUCAAUGGGUAACAUAGGACGAUACCUCAACCACAGCUGUUUCCCAAAUGCUUUUGUACAGAAUGUGUUUGCCGAUACUCAUGAUCUCAGAUUUCCUUGGAUCGCCUUCUUUGCUGGACAAUAUAUUAGUGCAGGGUCAAACUAACAUGGGACUA